AUGCAGAGAAGUCGUCAAUGUAAAUCCCUACACACAACUAAGAAAGGGUCAACACAAAGAAGUAGAAUGUGGGAAAAAAUAGCAGACAACUUGAACAAAUUCACUGUGCCGAAAUUCAGGGUUGAUAAGCGAUCAGUCCGAGACCACGUGGGAAUCCUUGUUUACAAGCAUAAGAAGAAACUUCUAGCGGAGGAAAAAGCAACUGGGAUAACUCCCGAUGAGCCAACGGAACUAGAAAACCUAUUGGAUAUGAUCAUCGCGUUGGAGGAAAGUGGCGAAGCGGAAUUACAGGAAACACAGGGAACAGCUAGCAAAAAACGUCAAUACGAUCGGGCUAAAGUGAAAGAUGUUAGACUAAAAGCGAUGGAGAAGCUGUCAGAGACGAAGAAAAGAGGUUCAUCAGAGGAUGAAAGCGAUGACAAACCGAAGCGUCAACCAAGAAGUGAAGGUGAUGCUAUCGAACAAAGCACAAACAAAGCAUUUCUUGGACUUUCUUAA